ACAGUGAGCCAGUCGUCCGAAGGAGCUCCAGCCAGCAGGUCUGACUGUCGGUGUGGAUAUGAGAGGAAGUCAGAUGCGUUAACCGAGAAUCAGCCGGUAACAGGCCGCUGAGCUGCAUCCAUCAGAGCGGGACUGGCCAAGCCUGCUACCGCUACCGAACACCCGGCUAACAGGCUAACACCGACCCGCUGAUUUCCCCCGUUAGGAGUGGUUUAAGAGAAGGGGAAGCGUGGCCUCCGGCUAGUACGAACGACUGGGUUAACAGCUGCCCUGGAGAGCUAAACACCCCGUUUUUACGUAGCAACAUCCCACAGAGAUGGAUAACCUAAGUGAAGCCCUGGAGAAGCUGAAGUUAGCGUCUUCAGACAGCGCCACAGACAGCGUGGAGAGCUGCCUGGACUGCCUGCUCAAAGCUCUUGCCAACAACAACACUGAAGCGAGCAUGAAGAUCCAGGAGAUGGCCAUCCUUCCCCUGCUACCCAGCCUGCUAAAGCCCCAGUCCUCCUGCACCCCGAAAGUAGCCAACAUCAUCGCUGAGGUGGCCAAAAAUGAGUUCAUGCGGACUCCGUGUGUGGACGCCGGCCUCAUCCCUCCUCUAAUUCAGCUGUUAAACUCUGCCGACCAGGAGGUUUUACUGCAGACCGGCAGAGCUCUUGGCAACAUCUGUUACGACAGCCAUGAGGGCAGGAGUGCAGUUGACCGGGCAGGAGGGGCUCAGAUAGUAGCUGAUCACAUUAAAUCGCUCUACCAAAAUACUGAGCCGGAAAAUGAGAAGCUGUUGACUGUCUUUUGUGGCAUGCUGAUGAACUAUAGCAAUGAUAAUGAUUCCUUACAAGCCCAGCUGAUCAACAUGGGAGUGAUUCCCACUUUGGUGAAGCUGCUCGGCAUCCACUCCCACAACACAGCGCUGACAGAAAUGUGUCUAAUCGCCUUUGGGAACCUGGCAGAGCUCGAGUCGAGCAAAGAGCAGUUUGCCUCCACAAACAUUGCAGAGGAGCUCGUUCGUCUCUUCCAGAAGCAGACAGAACACGAAAAGAAGGAAAUGAUUUUUGAGGUUCUGGCUCCUCUGGCAGAAAACGAUGUGAUAAAGCUGCAGCUGGUGGAGGCCGGCCUGGUUGAGUGUCUGCUGCAGGUUGUGGCUCAAACUGUGGACGGAGAGCGGGAGGAGGACAUAGCUCAGCUGAAGACGGCCUCGGACCUCAUGGUUCUGCUGCUGCUGGGAGAUGAGUCCAUGCAGAAGCUGUUUGAAGGAGGGAAAGGCAGCGUCUUCCAGAGAGUUCUGUCCUGGAUCCCAUCUCACAACCAUCAGCUGCAGCUUGCCGGGGCCCUUGCCAUCGCUAACUUUGCUCGCAAUGAUGGAAACUGCAUCCACAUGGUAGACACCGGUAUUGUGCAGAAGCUUCUGGAGCUGUUGGAUCGACACGUUGAAGAAGGAAAUGUCACUGUUCAACACGCAGCCCUGAGUGCCCUGAGGAACCUCGCCAUACCAGUGGUGAAUAAAUCAAAGAUGCUCUCAGCCGGAGUAGCAGACGUGGUGUUGAAGUUUCUACAGUCUGAGAUGCCUCCAGUCCAGUUCAAACUGCUCGGGACGUUACGGAUGCUCAUCGAUACACAAGCUGAAGCAGCAGACCAGCUGGGGACCAAUGGGAAGCUGGUGGAGCGGUUAGUGGAGUGGUGCGAAGCCAAAGAUCACGCCGGGGUGAUGGGAGAGUCCAACAGACUUCUGUCUGCUCUCAUCCGACACAGCAAGUCCAAGGAAGUUGUUAGAACGGUCAUCCAGGGAGGAGGCGUCAAACACUUAGUCACUAUGGCGACCAGCGAGCAUAUGAUCAUGCAGAAUGAAGCUCUGGUGGCUCUGGGGCUCAUAGCAGCUCUUGAUCUAGUUGCAGCAGAGAAGGACUUUGUCGGAGCCAGUCUGGUGUCGGUUCUUCACAAACUGCUGUCAGACGAGAGGAGCGCUCCAGAGAUCAAAUAUAACUCCAUGAUCCUCAUCUGUGCUGUCAUGGGCUCAGAGCCUCUUCACAAAGAAGUCCAGAGCCUGGCAUUCAUCGACGUGGUAUCGAAGCUUCGAGCUCAUGAAAACAAAACGGUAUCACACCAGGCGUCGCUGACAGAGCAGCGGUUAACGGCCCAGAGCUAAAUGACUGUGUCAAACCCAUCCAUCCACCAGACACGCCCAUCCACCCAAAUGCCUGCCUGACCACCUAAAGAUCACCUCAUGACCGCUCCCCCCUCCCCCGCCCCAUCGUCAUGUGCCAAGGUACCAUGUCGCGUUAACUGCCAGCCAGACAUACGGUCAUGUCUCCGCCCCCAAAAACCUCCACCCUGCCCACAUCCACUGGGGUCAGACUGAUCCAGUCGGGUUUUUUGUUACUUGAGUUUUAUUUUCUUUUUUAGGAUUACCCAGACUUUCUGUGCUUGUUGGAGUGGACGAGCCUUCGUGACUGUUUUAGACUUAACUCCUCUGAAAGCCAUAAAAAAAAAAAAUAUUACCAUGGGUUUGAUCCACAAAGCAGAGCGAGGCAGGUUUGACUUUUUACCGUGUAGACCCGAGGAGAUUUUUAGAAGGGACUGUUGAUUUAAAAAUGCAAAUUUAAAUGAGGGAUCUCAGUUUAAUGCAGCAAGAAGCAACACUGGCUUCUUCUUUUAAAAUAACCUCGUCCAUCAGUCUGGCCCCAGUGCCCUCCUCUACUUGUGCAUGCAUCUCUCUGCUACAAGUAGCUCCACGGGAGCUGAGGCGCCAUAAACAGCCGAACGCAAUAGAUAAGAGACGACACUCUUUGACGACCAUAGCUGUGAUGCCAUCCGCCUGUUAAAGACGACACCCACCAGUGUAAAAACGUGCACAAAAGAACAAAAAAAAAAGACUCUUCCUGUUGUGAUUUUUCUUUAAUUUUUAAGAAAAGCAGCCAUCAUGAUGUGCCCAGUCGUGUCCCAUGUAGCUCGAGUGUAAAUUGACUAGAAACUGUGCAUGUUUUAGUCCUGUUGAAGGUGUGACCGUGCUCAUUCCACCUCUCUGCCGCUCGCAUUUUCCACGAUGCAAACCGAACUCCAUACACUCCUCUGGUCAAUUACACUCCUUUGAGUUUUAGCACUUUUUCCUAAAAUCUCAAGCUGAAAGCAGACUUUUAAAAUCCACAGAUUCAAACAGUUUCCCAUCGUUCAAACAGCUGUACAGUGAAAAUAAAGGCUGCACAAGCAAACAUCACAAAGAAAGAGUCCUAUAGCCUCGUUUCCACCAAGUGGUCUGGUUCGGUUCGGUGCUGAAAUAUCUGAUUUCCGCUGUCAGAAGUUGGAAAAGUACCAAAAUAACUGAUCAGUCUUAUCCAGCAUUUUUGGCAUCCUUCUGUUGGGUUACCAGGCAUGACUAUCUGAUCCAAAAGGAUGGAGCGAGACUCACUGCAGUCUGCUGACUGGCCGAAAGAAGAGUCACUUGCUUUAUGACAGCAGUAGUAGUGGAGAAACACAUAACAUGCUGUUUUUUUUAUAGCUGAACAGCUUCUCUCCCUUGCUUUAAAAAGAAACCUUGGCCAAGAACAAGAAGAAGAGAGGGUUCUUUAUUCAUAUGAAGCAGACCUUUCACAGGUUUUAUAUUUUCUCUGAGUUUCAAAUGCCUUGCAGCUGUGCUCUACAUUGUAUCACACAUACAGGUUAAGAACUUAUCUACAUUAAUAUGUAGAUAUGCAGGCUGCACAGUGGUGCAGGGGUUAGAGCUGUCGCCUCGGGUUCCGGGUUCACUUCCCGGUCAGGGCCUUUCUGUGCACACUUUGCAUGUUCUUCCCAUAAAAAUUGAGGAAAAAUGGAGGAUGAUCUGCAGUUAUGCAAUCCUGCAUCAAACUCCCACAAAAUUAGAGCGGAGACAUUAAAAUCAGGUAGUGUUGGCAAUACAUUCAUUACUGAAACCUAAUAACUGAUUGCCUGGGAAAAACACAUGCAGACCAAAAUAUUACAAUAAUAAAAAUUUUAAAGUAAAAAUGAUUAAAGAUAAGACAUACAUUUUUGAAAAUAUAGAUAAUAAAAUCAUAUUUUUUAGCGGGAUGGGGGUCCACAGAAUAGAUUAUUUAAUUUCCACACUUUGGAAACCCCUGCUCUAGUAUUUAUCUGUGAAAGCUGAUCAAUUUGUCUAGCAGGUCUCAUCUUCUGACCAAUAAUAAUGCUCUGAAUCAGGUUUAGGAGUGCUAAAUGCCAGCAUGAAAUUCUGAGGACACAGGAUGGUUGCCAAGGAGGUUGAUAUCUGAAAAUUUUCAUGUUGAACAGAUGCAUCAGUGCAUCCCUAUAAUUCUUACUAGAAGGGGAAUCAUGAAAGUGUUGCUUUAAAGAACUUUACAGCUUCUGUUUAGUGUAGGCUGGCCACUCACUAGACAACUUCAAGUCUGACUUUCAGCCACAUAUACCACUACCCAACAGCUGUGGUGGCACCUGUCCUGAUUUGAAGCUUGUCUCGAAUGAUUAUUUGAACAAACGAUCCUCAUGCAUGUUGCCAAUGGGAUUAUUUUUCUGCUCCCAAUCGAGUCAGAGCCCCAAAUUAAAAAGUACCUAACAUUUGAUGUUUAUGAUUCCAGGUUGUCUGCCUCCAUUGGUUUACGAACAACAACCAAUAAGAGUGAGCAGACUGGGUAGCCUCACCAACCAGAUGUAGAAUAAACACAACUGUAGCUUCAUCUCGGCCAGGAUUUUCACCUCAGUCUUUCCUUGAUUUUUGUUGUCAUCUAAACUUAAAUGCACACUAGGACAACCAGCUAAGGAGUUCCUUUGUCCUCCAUGUUUGUUUUUCUUCUGAAGUCGCCACAUACUUGUGUAUUAUUUGAAUACUCGGUCCAAAGUCGGUCUAAAAAUCAUUUAGUAUGUCCUCAGCCUAAGAUUUAAAAAUCAUUUCAUUCUGUGUCAGCCUUAGCUGUUUAAUUUUGUUAAAUUAUUUGGAAACCGAUGGCUGUUGUUGUCUAAAAGGGGGACAUUCAUAGAAACAAAUACUGGAAUUCUGGACCUUUAGCCAUAAAGGUUCUGUUAACCCUCCAAACCCCCGUAAUAUGGGCUUGUAUACUAUUUAGGAAAUAACCCUUGUGAUGCUGGUUUAAUUUAAGUGACAGCUUAAUUCAAGAUGAAAAAGUUCCUGAAGGAGCUGCUUCUAAGAGACAGCUCUUUUGUGUGAAUGACAGGAGCUGGCUCUCAUUUACGAGCCAGUGUCCUUUUUCCACUGUUUGAUAAAGCCAAAAUGGUACUCACUAAGAAGAGAUAUUAGGGAGCCAAAACCAGCUCAUAGUUCUGAGCUGAGCCCAAGGACCCAGAUCUCUAAAAGAGCUGAAAUUCACUCCAUGCAAAGCUGGACAGACACCAGCUGUGGAAAAGCAAGCAUGCUCAGGAUUUAUUGCACCAAACUAAACCGUUCUGAACCAAACCCGCUUGGCGAAACGUACCACUUGCAUGUUACAAGUGUUGAACAUUUGGGAGGAAGUGCGUUAAAGGUCUGGGUUGUUGUGCGAAAAGUUAACUGAAUGCAGACACACUUAAGUUCACUUUAUCCACCAACACAGCACCACAGCGCCCCCCCCCCCCCCCCCAGAGGAGGGGCUACGGGGGUCAGUUGUUCAAAGGGAAACAUGCUGACAUGCAUCGACACUGUACGACACACUGAUAACACUCACAAACACUCUGUGUCUGUGCUCUGGGCCCACGCUUUGUUUUUUAACGGUAUGAAUGGUUAUUUAUCUGAUCUGUGCUCUUUAAAGACACAUGCCAGUGGACAUGUAUCCAUAGUAACUGCGUAAAUUACAAAUAUAAACUUAAAUGUUUGUUGUAAAUGUCAUGACUUGUACAUUUGGAGGAUUGUAACUCAGCAGAAUAUUAAAAGAUGAUAGCUG